ACGCAAUUUAGAGAGCGUAGCCACAGCAAUGGGAGUGUCGGGUGACGCCGGAGCUUCGCUCACCGAGACGGGUAGCUUAAAGAGACGACAGCGAAGCCGGGUCUGGUCUUCAGAGGAGAAUUAAAUCACUUAAAAACUAAAAUUUAAGGACCAUGUCGCGGCAUACCACGUAGGAAAUUCACACACAGGUUUCCAGAGAAAGGUGGACUAUAUUGGUUGAACGUAUUACCUCUGGUUCUGUUUGGAUCUGCUUACAGCACUGUUUGAACAUGAAAAAUGUUCGCUGUACCACCUUAGACUGACUUCAAGGAAACCAUGAGGAGCACAAGGGAAAGUUCACUGGUUGCAGUUUGGUUUCACUAGCAGGAAUUGUGUAUGUGUCCGUGUUGAAGAGCUUGCACGGUUGCAUGUGUGCGUGCGUGUGCGUCUGUAUGCGUGCGUAUGCUACCAUUACCUGCCUGCUUCAGGCAGUGACAUGCUAUUCUGAGGGCAGAAGCGCAGGAAAGUUCACAUCCACCAAAGGAUUAAUGCGAGGAGGACGCUUUCGGUGAUACCCACUGCGUCUGCGGAAGACAUCAGUUCCUGCUCCUCUGAAAUCAACAGUACAUAGAUACUUUUCAACCCAUUUACCUGUUUUGUGUUGGUACCACCGUCCCCACACAUUCCCUGGGGGUUGUUUUGAAACCUCUCUGUUUUGCAUGGCAGGGGAGUAAUCGUGGAGAGGCCAGGGUAUCACAAGCUUAUGGAUUUUGAAAAGAGAGGUGGGAAGGGGGAGACCGAGGAAAGCAAAAGGAUGUCCAAAGCAGCCAGUAGUAGGACUGGUCAUGGGGGACGGGGAACGGGGACCACCUCUGGGGUCCUUAUGGUUGGCCCCAACUUCAGGGUUGGGAAGAAGAUUGGCUGUGGAAACUUUGGUGAACUACGGCUGGGCAAGAACCUCUACACCAAUGAAUAUGUGGCCAUCAAACUGGAGCCAAUCAAAUCUAGAGCGCCACAGCUCCAUUUGGAGUAUAGAUUUUAUAAACAGCUGGGAAAUUCAGAGGGGGUUCCUCAGGUCUUCUACUUUGGGCCUUGCGGUAAAUACAACGCAAUGGUUCUGGAACUACUGGGACCGAGUCUAGAGGACCUGUUUGACCUCUGCGACCGCACCUUCUCCCUCAAGACCGUCCUAAUGAUCGCUAUCCAACUGAUAACACGGAUGGAGUAUGUUCACACAAGGAGCUUGAUAUAUCGAGACGUCAAGCCAGAGAAUUUCUUGGUGGGCCGGCCGGGAUCUAAGAGGCAGCACACCAUUCAUAUUAUCGACUUCGGGCUUGCCAAAGAAUACAUAGACCCAGAGACCAAAAAACACAUCCCAUACCGGGAACAUAAGAGCUUGACCGGCACCGCUCGAUACAUGAGUAUCAACACACACUUGGGGAAAGAACAAAGCAGAAGGGACGAUCUGGAAGCACUGGGUCAUAUGUUUAUGUAUUUUCUGCGAGGCAGUUUGCCCUGGCAGGGCUUGAAGGCGGACACACUGAAAGAACGCUACCAGAAAAUAGGGGACACCAAGCGAUCUACACCUAUUGAAGUGCUAUGUGAAAGUUUUCCAGAGGAGAUGGCCACCUAUCUGAGAUACGUGAGAAGGCUGGACUUCUUUGAAAAACCGGAUUACGAUUACUUAAGGAAGCUCUUCACAGAUCUUUUUGACAGGAACGGCUACGUGUUCGAUUACGAGUACGACUGGGUCGGCAAGCCACUCCCUACACCUAUAGGCCCCAUUCCCACAGACACACCCCAGCCCAGCAGCAGAGACAAAGCACAACAGCAGACCAAAAACCAGUCACCCGAACCCAAAGGAAGUGAGUCCCUGCCCACUCCAGUGACCACUAUGGAGACUCUGGGGUCGCACCUUACAGUGGACAGGUUGGGGGGCUCAGUCCAGGUCAUAAGCUCCACAAAUGGAGAGCUGAACACUGAUGACCCAACUGCAGGACACUCCAAUGCCCCCAUCACUGCACCGGCUGAAGUAGAGGUGGCCGACGACACAAAGUGCUGUUGUUUCUUCAAGCGAAGAAAGAGGAAAGCUCUCCAGAGGCACAAGUGAUGAAGAGCGCUUUUAAGAACUUGAAUCAUUCUGGUCACUGUUAAGUUUGAAAUGCAAGCAAAUACACAGAUUUCUCUCUGUCUUUCUCUUUCUUUCUUUCUUUCUAUCUAUCUCUCUCUCAGUGCCCAUCACACUUGAUUUCAAAAACGCUUGACCACUUAUUGGAGUGCAAAGGAAUGUUGACUCUGAAUCCUUCAAAAAACAAAGAGAAUAAAUGAAGAUUCUUAAGAUGUGUGUAAUCACACAAAAACACUUAAAGAGAUGAAAUGAAAAAGAUGAACAGUUAUGUGAACAGAUGCUGUUUGAAACAGUUGGUGUAUUCUAAAUUCCAAGCAGAUCAUUUUCUGAUCAGGGAGAUGAAACAUCGAUUGAUGAAAUGAUAUUUUAAGUUUUCUUAGGAAUAGGUCUUAUUUGUGGCAAACGUAAGGGCGGGACUCGACUCGGCACUGGAGAUGACACCCACAAAAUUGCGAAAGUAACAGGACACGAUUCAUCUCAACCAGACUCUGGAGUCUUUUGUUUUUCUGUAAUUUAAUUUUUGAUUCUUUUCAGAGGAAUCCCUGGGUUGUAAAGCAGUUGUAGUGUCCUGGAAAUGCUUUCUUUUUGUUUUCUUGUUUGUUUGUUUUUUUAAUAUAAACUCCACUUCCUUUUUUCUGUCAAUGUGAACUCUGUAGCACAGUUACUGGCCUCAGGUACUGUGGGGGACGGAGAGACAAAUGGAUAUUAUUUUCUUGUCAAUGUUGUUAUUGCACUUUGGAUUAAAGAAGGCAACACAGUGGGCUUGAAAUUUAAAGGACGAGAAAAACGACGUGCCGUACAAACGGAUGUGGGAGCUUUCCUGCACAGGGCUGAUAUCUGUUCAAGGACUGUUUAAGGAAAAGAAGAAAAUGUACUUCUGUUUUAUUUCUCAUCAAAUUUAUUUACCAGGAAAUCAUAGUUUGUGCCUUUCCAAGUAAAAUGUUUAAAAUUGAAGCAAAUGUUUUGCCAUGAGUUUUUUUCUUUCUGAGUGUGUGUGAUAUGUUGGGUGUAGUCGUAGAUAUAACACCCUGAUACAUUACAGUACAUUUACAUUUUAACUUCACAGGUUCAUUUUCACAUUUCCAAAUAAGUCCUGUCAGUCGUUUGUUCAUUUUUUAAUAAUAAAGCAUACAUCCAAGCUUA